ACCUCUCAUUAGACCACCACUACUCCACUACCUCUAUCUAUUAUCUAAGCUACCCAAACCCUCAGAACACCCUCUAGAAUUAACGGUAAAACAAGCAAUUGAAGAGACAGAGAAACUUGAGAAGAGAGGAUAAAUGGCUUCAACUUCAGCUGUUUCAAUGGCUAUGCCAUUAACUCAGGCAAGCCAAAAGAGGGUGCCAACCUCUGAGGCCUUUUUCAAGCCAUUGCCAAUGAAGCCGUCCAAGGCAAUUGCGGCAUCAAAAUCCAACGGCAGGUUUGAAGUUAAGGCUUCUUCUUUCAAGGAGAAGGCUGUCACCGGGUUGACGGCAGCUGCACUGACGGCUUCCAUGGUGAUCCCAGAAGUGGCUGAAGCUGCCGGAUCUGGAGUUUCUCCAUCCCUGAAGAACUUCUUGCUCAGCAUUGUAGCCGGUGGUGUUGUGCUUACUGCAAUUGUUGGUGCUGUGAUUGGCGUGGCCAAUUUCGACCCCGUCAAGCGGAGCUAAGACAUAUAAAUUCUUAGAAUGAUGGAAAGUGUUUUCCACUUUUAUGUAUCUGUUUAAUGUUUUCAGCUAUGAACUGUUGUUUGUGUAAUUUGGCGGAAACCUGUGAAUUCUGAAAUUUCUAUUCAUUUUUCGCAUUACAAUGGAACAUCAAACUGGUUUCUUCA